AUGGCCGCCCCCCCUAGCCCGGCCCCGACCCCCAACCUGCUGCGUGAGCUGGAGGGCAGGUCCAAGGAGCUGAUAGACAGGCUGGAGCAGGGCGUGCAGGCAGAGAUCCAGGCCCAGCGUGACCGCGUGCACCGCCUGGUGCUGGAUACCCCGCUCCCCGUGCUCCAACGCCGCGGUCUGGUGCUGGUGGGCCUGGCGGCCGCGCCCUGCGGCACCCUGCACACCGACCUGCUCGUCCGGCUGACCCCGCCCGAGGGCACGCUCCUCUCCCGCCACUCCUUUGUUCCCGGCCAGCCCGUGGUGUUGUUGGCCUCGGAGUCGGGGCAGCCCGCCGGCCCCGUCCUAGACGCCACAGUGGUCUCCCAGCAUGGCCUCAAGUGGCUGACGGUGGCGGUGGGCGGCGCCGGCGCGGCGGCGGUGCUGGACCCCGGCGCGCGCCGGCGCUGGCGCAUGGACGCGGGCCCCUGCCUGGCGCCGCUGCAGCGCCAGCUGGACGCGCUGGGCGCACUGGGCCGGCUGGAGGGCCUGCGCCCCGGCGAGGCGCGCGUGCGCGCCGUGCUGCUCGGCGAGCCGCGUGUCGCGCGCGCUGCGGCGGCCGCCCCCCCCGCCUGGGCGCGCGACGCGCGCUGGGCGCCGGCCGUGGCCGACGCGCUGGCGCGCUGCGGCGCGCUCAACCCCUCCCAGCGCGCCGCGGUGGGCGCCGCGCUGGGCGCCACCUUCUCGCUCUGGCAGGGCCCGCCGGGGACGGGGAAGACGCAGACGCUGCUGGCGCUGAUCCAGGUGGCGCUGGCUGCGGGCCGCGCCGCGCGCUGCGGGCCGGGGCCCAUCCUGGCGGUGGCCGAGACCAAUGCGGGCGCGGACAACCUGCUGGAGGGCCUGCGCGCGCGCGGCGUUGCGGCGGUACGCGUCGGCCAGCCAGCGCGCGUGCGCCCGGACCUGCGCGCGCUGACGCUGGAUGCACUGAGCGAGCGGACGGGCGAGGGCGCGCGGGCGGUGAAGCUGCGCGAGCGUGCCUCGGCGCUGCUCAUGCGCGGGCGCGACCGCGCGCCCCUGGUGGGCUCCAGCGCGGGCUCCUCCCUGACCCACACCUACAACAACACGCUGGAGGCGCAGGCCGCGCUGGCGCUGGCUGAGGCCAUAUCCGCGGCGGACCCCAGCGUGCGCAGCGUGGCGAUCCUCACGCCCUACGCCGGCCAGGCGGCCAGCCUGCUGCGCCACGCCGACCCGACCCGCCUGCGCAUCGCGCGCCCCGCCGACGCCGAGGGCGACGGCGCGCUGGCCGCGCCGGACUGCGCCGACGCGCGGGGCGCCCGGCCGCGCGGGCCGCUGGUCUGCAUCAGCACCAUCGACGGGUUCCAGGGCCGCGAGGCGGACGUGGUCCUGCUCAGCACCACGCGCACGCAGCGCCUCGGCUUCCUCGCCGACCGGCGGCGGGUGAACGUGGCCAUCACCCGCGCGCGGCGCGGGCUGGUGGUCCUGGGCUGCUCCGCGCUCCUCCGCACCCACCCUGUGUGGAGGGAGUGGCUGCGGGAGGCGGGGCACGUGCCGGAGGCGCAGCCGCAGCGCGCGGAGCGCGGCGGCAGGCGGCCCAGGAUCUCGGCCGACCCUGGCUGUUACGGCAGCGGCUGCGGCGUGGAGGAGAUUUUUUUGUGA